AAGCCACGGCUCCCUCACGCGCUUCCGUUUCUGUUUUGUGAGGGGGAAAUGUGUUGGGUGUUGUUGGGUUUUUCCAGGGUGCAGUUUGCUCCAUGAGAUCACUCGACGGAAACAGUGGCUCAGGUUGGGAUCAUGACUUGCUCAGCAUCUGCACGUGCUUCAUGAGGCUUGGUGACCUGAUUCUUUAGGACCUGUAGACCAGGAAGACCACGCAGACCACGCUCCACCGGGACCGAUCCCAGGAAUCUUAAAGAUCGGGCGCGACUGAAUUCUCUACACGCAAGAUGUCGAUAAUGGACCACAGCCCCACCACUGGCGUUGUGACGAUCAUAGUGACCCUGAUUGCCAUUGCCGCUCUGGGAGCGCUGAUCUUCGGCUGCUGGUGCUACUUGCGUCUGCAACGCUUCACUCAGUCCGAGGAUGAGGAGAGCAUCGUCGGCGAGGGCGAAACCAAAGAGCCUUUCCUCCUGGUGCAGUACUCGGCCCGCGUUCCUCGCACAGAUCACAAGAGCAAACUCGCUCCUGCCGGCACGGAGAGCCACAGCUAACUGCUCUCUUUCGAAAAUCCUGUGCUGGCGGUGAUCCGUGGAGGAAUCAGAUUUGUUUGUUCCUUUUCUAUAUUCCAAAACAUAUAGCAUUACGUUAACAUCCUGUUGUAAUGAGAAAUGGUUUCAGGUCAAACGCAGAACAAAGCUAACGCAUGUAUUUGUCCAGCUGCUUCUAAAGUCUCCUUAAUUUGAAUGAUUUGUGCACUUUGUGGUUGUCCAGUGGAACCCUGUUAUAAUGUGAAACUGAUACUGUCUUUUUAUUAUUAUUAUUAUUAUUUUUUUUUUUUUACAACUAGCUGACGUUUAUUUAUCUGAUAAAUUAUGUCCUUGGGUACAGAUACUUCUUCUGUUGUGCUAUAUGAGGAGAACUCUAGUUUCAGCCAGAGCUGGCUCUGGUCUAAAAGCCAGUAUGUGCAAUGAGUGCACAUGCGUGAUGGAAAAUUAAUUCAACAAUCCAUUUAAUAUGUCAAUUAAAGCAGUCAUGUGUAGUUGUAGUUAGUGACUCAACAGCCUUCGAUUACACAUUCUGUCUCUGCCAUGCCAUCGGAAAGCUUUGUGUGCAGAUGAAAUCUUUCGUUCAUGGUACAGGGUCAGGGUCAAUGCUCCCUCCUGUCUAACUUUUUUAGCAUGGAAAGUAGAUUUGUAUUAAUUUCUACAUACAUGUCACUUGACACACGGCAUUAGAUGCUGUUGUAGCUCUGAUCUGCUAAGAAGCCAUCAUGAAUGAAAGCCAGUGACUGGGUCUCGGGGUGUGGAGGUACAACAGGAAGAUCCCAGAGGUGAUCAUUAUGGUGGCUGAGCACCUUUCUGUAUGGAAUUAGAUGAGGACACUUGAAGGAUAUGUAAAUAUUUUUUAUAGGUCUUUCACUGUUUGUCAUGCUGAAAAUGACUGAUGUAUAAAUGUGAGGGAAAAAAAAGUGUCUGAUUUCCUGUACGAAUGAAUAAAGUGUGAUUUGAUCUUAA